AUGAAAGAGCUGCAGAGAAAUCUGGAGCUCCUGGUCAAUUCUAUCCGUGGACAGCUGGAGAACAAGACAAACGAAAUCAACAAUAUCCGUACAGAACUGGCAGAUACCUUUGAGCCGUUGAUUGGCCUUCUCAAGAUCGCUAUUGACUAUAUGCAAAGGAACUAUGACGAUAAAGAUUUCCAGGCCAAUUGGAUGAGCGACAUGGAGCCGAGACGGGUGGAGACGUAUGAGUCUCUUGCCAAAACGAUCAGGCAUCUUCGAGACGUGACGACCAAUAACAGGAUCAACCACUCACAAGAUACUCGCAUUGGUGCCGAUGGGCUGCGCCUGCGUCAAGAGCAGAUGGAUGCUGGGGAGAAGGCAAUUUUUCCUCUGACCAUUCUUCCUAACCUACGAGCGGACCAUUUCAUAGGUCGAGAAAGAGACCUCGAGAACAUCCAUGAGUGGCUCGGUUUGCAGGAGACCCCCGCUAUUCGCACAUAUACAAUUUAUGGCAGGCGCGGUAUAGGAAAAACGCAGAUUGCAUUAGAAUAUGCACGGAAACACUGGAAACACUAUCACGCCGUCUUUUGGAUUCAAGCCGAGACCAAGGGUGCUCUUCGUCAGAGCUUUACCGACAUUGCUCUAGCGCUGGAGCUGCCAGGCGCGGACAAAAAUUCGACCUUCGAUGAGAAUCUGAUGCGUGUGCUACGAUGGUUGCGUCACACGCAAAAACGCUGGCUCUUGAUCUAUGACAAUGCCGAACGCGCACAGCUACUCAAGGGAUACUGGCCCAAUGGGGGCCAUGGUGCUAUGCUCCUUACAUCCCGAUCAUACUUCAAUUUCUUUGGGGACGAUCAACGUCAUGGCGAAACUGUCCAGCUCUUCAACGACAUCGAAAGAAGGAAUCUCUUCCUCACGUGCCUGGGCGAACCCUGGCAGUUAACCCACCUCAACAGCGACGACAUGAUGGUGGAGAUUGAAGAGGCCGCCAUCACUGCGCUACUGAAGAAAACGGGCGGUCUUCCUAUCGCUAUCCGUCACGCGGCCACGCUGAUUCUCGAUGCGGAGAUCAAUCCCACCAGAACAGCACGAGCGUUUAUGGAAAUGUUCAGCGAGAGCUACCUGCGUCUUCCGCGACGACAACUCUCCGAGCGCGACCCGCUCGUCCUUGCCUUGGACUGUAUUUGGAACAUCUCAUUCAAGAACCUUACCGAGCCUGCCAAAAACAUCCUGUCCGGCUUGUCGCUUUUGGCACCUGAUAGAAUCUUGAUCGACCUGUUUCUGCCAAGCGACCAGAACAUGCUCACCAGCAGACUCGAGUUUUGUCGGACGGCCUCUCACAAUACCAACGUGGUCAAGUCAGGUGGCGGCACCUCUCUUCAGACCGUCAUCAAUCCGUCAUCCAGGCUCAUCGAGGCCAUCAACGAGUUGUUCGUCAAGGAUCUGAUCAAGAAAACUGGCCGUGACAUGGCUAUCCAUCGUACUGUACAGGAAGCUGUCAGCUACCGAGGCAAGGAUGAGUUGAUCGACUUCUUUGACGCGAUGGUCCUAUUGCUGUUCGAUGCUUUCCCGAAGCAGUCCCAAGGCCGACCGUUGACUGAGUACUGGGAGAACUGUCAGCUGUGGAUUCAGCAUGUUGUCACUCUUGCACAGAAAUAUAAGCAAUACACCAGCAACCGACCGGAAGACGAUAUUCCUCUGAAGGGCAUGGCAUCCGCUGACAUCCUUGUCAAACUCCUCGCCAACGCCGCAUGGUACCUCUUUGAAAUUGCCGACUACGAAGAAGCACUGAACCUUGUAGAGAUUGCCCGAGCCGCUGCCCAAGACAAAGAAAGCCUAGAUUAUGCCCACCUGCUCAACACCGCCGGCGUGACCUACUACGAACUCAACAAGCUUCGGAGUGCCCGAGGAGUUCUGGAACAAUGCUACAUUAUCCGGUCCCGACUGUUACCAGAAGACCACGCCGAAAUCGCGACCAUCCUCUCCAACCUCGGCAACCUAGAAACGGCGGAGGGCAAUUUCGAAGCCGCCUCCGUGUGGCUGGAGAGGGCGGUCUCGAUACGGGAAUCCAUCGGCGACGAGGCUGCGUCGCUGCUCGCACUCAACUAUCUGCAGAUUGGCCGUGUCCAUUUCCUGCAAGAUCACUUCGCCGAGGCAUACAGCAUGUACCAGAAGUGCGAAGGCGUGCUGAACAAAGAGAAGGGCCGCAACAGGCUUUUCACCGCCAACCUGCAUUACGCAUAUGGCAACUUGGAGUUUGAGCAAGGCCAGUACAUGCAAGCAGCACGGUCGUACGAUCUGACCAGACAGAUAUCGAAGGACUUUAACCCGAUGCACCCUCUGACAGCGGCGGCCUGCUACAAGUUGGCAUGCACGGAAUUCGAACAAGACAACCACAAGAAGGCACUCAAUUACCUGUCCAAAGCGUUGGACAUUGCCGAAUUGAGAGGCACCAGUGAAUUCGAUGGCAUGGACGGCACUGUUGUCAGAAUCCUCUUCAAGCAGGCAGAGGUAAUACUGGACGACCCGCUAGGUGAUCGCGAAGAGGGCACUCAAUUGAUGAACGACAUGCUGUUCAGGCAAAAGGAUGUGGCGGAGAAGCUUGAGGUGGACCUGAGAGGGUUUGAUUCGCUGGAGGACCGGGAGAAGGGGUUUGACUUGCUGGUCCCGGGCUAUUUCAGGUAA